AUGAUGUCGUACCUGAAAGUAAUGAUCAUAUGGAACAUACUUUGCAUAUCCCUGGUGCUCCUUUCUCUGUCCUUGAUUCAAGAAGUGUCUUCUCAAGGACUCUCCUGUGAAGGACGGUGCUUUGAAGCCUUCCAGAGAGGACGGGAGUGUGACUGCGAUGCCGACUGCGAACGAUACGGCAAAUGCUGCCCGGACUAUGCCAAACACUGCAAAGAGGCACACACAGCAAAGCCAGCCCCGGAGACUCCCCCCGAAAACAAAGCAACAUCUAAAAGGUCAUCCACCGAUGAGGACAAGCCGCCAGAGGAAGCUGUGGAAGAUCCUGGCACUGGACUGGAAAACCCAGAGACCACUCCUGCUCCAACUACAGAACCGGCAGAGACAACCCCUGCAGCCACAGAGCCCCCGACUACCCAGACAGACCCGCCCACCACCCCAAAGGAGCAGGACACAACCCCUGAGGCCACCGAGGAACCAGGGACUGAAGAAGACCCUCCCACCACGGAGAAGCCAGAAGAUAUGACCCCAGAUGCCACCGAGGAACCAGUGACUGAAGCAGACUCUACCAACAUCCCCCCAACAGAAGACGCAACGCCUGAGGCCACCGAGGCACCGACAACUGAGGCACCGACAACUGAGGCACCGACAACUGAGGCACCGACAACCGAGGCACCGACAACCGAGGCACCGACAACCGAGGCACCGACAACCGAGGCACCGACAACCGAGGCACCGACAACCGAGGCACCGACAACCGAGGCACCGACAACCGAGGCACCGACAACUGAGGCUGAAUCUCCCACCACCCCAAAACCUGAAGACACAACCCCUGAGGCACCAACCCCUGAGGCACCAACCCCUGAGGCACCAACCCCUGAGGCACCAACAACUGAGGCACCAACAACUGAGGCACCAACAACUGAGGCACCAACAACUGAGGCACCAACAACUGAGGCUGAAUCUCCCACCACCCCAAAACCUGAAGACACAACCCCUGAGGCACCAACCCCUGAGGCACCAACCCCUGAGGCACCAACCCCUGAGGCUGAAUCUCCCACCACCCCAAAACCUGAAGACACAACCCCUGAGGCAACUGAGGCACCAACAACUGAGGCUGAAUCUCCCACCACCCCAAAACCUGAAGACACAACCCCUGAGGCAACUGAGGCUGAAUCUCCCACCACCCCAAAACCUGAAGACACAACCCCUGAGGCAACUGAGGCACCAACAACUGAGGCUGAAUCUCCCACCACCCCAAAACCUGAAGACACAACCCCUGAGGCAACUGAGGCUGAAUCUCCCACCACCCCAAAACCUGAAGACACAACCCCUGAGGCAACUGAGGCACCAACAACUGAGGCUGAAUCUCCCAGCACCCCAAAACCUGAAGACACAACCCCUGAGGCAACUGAGGCUGAAUCUCCCACCACCCCAAAACCUGAAGACACAACCCCUGAGGCAACUGAGGCACCAACAACUGAGGCUGAAUCUCCCACCACCCCAAAACCUGAAGACACAACCCCUGAGGCAACUGAGGCUGAAUCUCCCACCACCCCAAAACCUGAAGACAAAACCCCUGAGGCAACUGAGGCACCAACAACUGAGGCUGAAUCUCCCAGCACCCCAAAACCUGAAGACACAACCCCUGAGGCAACUGAGGCUGAAUCUCCCACCACCCCAAAACCUGAGGAGACAACACCUGAGGCAACUGAGGCACCAACAACUGAGGCUGAAUCUCCCACCACCCCAAAACCUGAAGACACAACCCCUGAAAUAACUGAGGCUGAAUCUCCCACCACCCCAAAACCUGAAGAUACCACCCCUGAGGCAACUGAGGCUGAAUCUCCCACCACCCCAAAACCUGAAGACACAACCCCUGAGGCAACUGAGGCACCAACAACUGAGGCUGAAUCUCCCACCACUCCAAAACCUGAAGACACAACCCCUGAGGCAACUGAGGCUGAAUCUCCUAGCACCCCAAAACCUGAAGACACAACCCCUGAGGUCACCGAGGCACCAACAACUGAGGCUGAAUCUCCCACCACCCCAAAACCUGAGGAGACAACCCCUGAGGCAACUGAGGCUGAUUCCCCUACCACUCCAAAACCUGAGGAGACAACCCCUGAGGCAACUGAGGCUGAAUCUCCCACCACCCCAAAACCUGAAGACACAACCCCUGAGGCAACUGAGGCUGAAUCUCCCAGCACCCCAAAACCUGUAGACACAACCCCUGAGGCAACUGAGGCACCAACAACUGAGGCUGAAUCUCCCAGCACCCCAAAACCUGAAGACACAACCCCUGAGGCAACUGAGGCUGAUUCCCCUACCACUCCAAAACCUGAGGAGACAACUCCAGAGGAAGCCACAACCAAGGUAGACUACCCCACCACCCCCAAACCUGAAGAGACAACCCCAGAGAAAACAACAGCCAAGGCAGACUCUCCCACCACUCCCGAGCCUGAGGAGACAACUCCAGAGGAAGCCACAACCAAGGCAGACUCUCCCACCACCCCAAAACCUGAGGAGACAACUCCAGAGGAAGCCACAACCAAGGCAGACUCUCCCACCACCCCAAAACCUGAGGAGACAACUCCAGAGGAAGCCACAACCAAGGCAGACUCUCCCACCACCCCAAAACCUGAGGAGACAACUCCAGAGGAAGCCACAACCAAGGCAGACUCUCCCACCACCCCAAAACCUGAGGAGACAACUCCAGAGGAAGCCACAACCAAGGCAGACUCUCCCACCACCCCAAAACCUGAGGAGACAACUCCAGAGGAAGCCACAACCAAGGCAGACUCUCCCACCACCCCAAAACCUGAGGAGACAACUCCAGAGGAAGCCACAACCAAGGCAGACUCUCCCACCACCCCAAAACCUGAGGAGACAACUCCAGAGGAAGCCACAACCAAGGCAGACUCCCCCACCACCCCAAAACCUGAAAACACAACUCCAGAGGAAGCCACAACCAAGGCAGACUCUCCCACCACCCCCAAACCUGAAGACACAACUCCAGAGGAAGCCACGACCAAGGCAGACUCUCCCACCACCCCAAAACCUGAGGAGACAACUCCAGAGGAAGCCACAACCAAGGCAGACUCUCCCACCACCCCAAAACCUGAGGAGACAACUCCAGAGGAAGCCACAACCAAGGCAGACUCUCCCACCACCCCAAAACCUGAGGAGACAACUCCAGAGGAAGCCACAACCAAGGCAGACUCUCCCACCACCCCAAAACCUGAGGAGACAACUCCAGAGGAAGCCACGACCAAGGCAGACUCUCCCACCACCCCAAAACCUGAGGAGACAACUCCAGAGGAAGCCACGACCAAGGCAGACUCUCCCACCACCCCAAAACCCGAAGACACAACUCCAGAGGAAGCCACAACCAAGGCUGACAGCCCCUCCACCCCUAAAACAGAGGACAUAGUCUCUCCGACCACCCCUGCAGCCCCCAAGGCCGAAACCACCACGGUACAGACAACACCACCCACUGCAGUGACAACCUCUGCCCCCGAAUUAGUCUCAACUGCUGACCAAGACACAGCAGCUCCCAGCAGUGCUGCAGCCACUACAGCUGGGAAGGACACUCCCACACCUGGAGCAGACACAAUGCUUUCAGAUACCACAAUGGAGAUCAAGGAGGUAACGACACCCAAGAAAGACAGAACUACUCUGCUUAAAGACAUUUUAACAGCCACAAUUGGGAAAGACUUGGCUACUGUAGCUGUGGUGACAACAGCUAAGCCAGGUGACUCUCCUAAAGGUAUGGAUGACAUUCCAAAUGCAGCCAAGCAACCUGUCACUGCAGCAGCUGCAUCAGAAGCAACAACAGCAGCCACAGCUCCCUUGCCCAAGCCCACAACCACCAAAGCGGAGUCAACUCCUGAGCCCAGCAAGGUGGUAACACCCAGUGAAAGAGAGACAAGUACAGAAGCGGAGCAGGCUGCAGCAGCUCCAGAGAGCGCAGGUGCUACGUGUGUGGUGGUGAUGGCAGCAGCUGGCAAAAAAGAGGUAACGACCACCAAAGAAGUGAGCACCACACCUGGCAGAGAACUGGAACAGGUCACUGAAAAGGCCCCUGGUACUGACAAAGCAGAGGUAACUACGGUUGCCAGAGAAACCACUACCAGGGAUAAAAAAGACACGAUAGAAGAAAUGUAUCUUGUUUCUAACGGGACAUCCAAGCCAACAAUACAUUUCCAGGAGGUCACUGAGAGCAGAGAGGAGCCUCAUCCAAUUGACCCUGAAACUCUGCCUGUGAAAGAACCCGAGAUAAACAAGCCUUUAAUACCAAUCGAGGACCUGCCAAUGUUACCUGGAGAAACACAAGAGAGGAAGGACGACGAGAAGGACCUGUGCAGCGGGAGGCCGGCGGACGGCAUGGUGGCCCUGCCCAACGGCACCCUGGCCGUCUUCCGAGGUCACUACUACUGGCUGCUGAACGGCCGGAGCCCGCCGAGCACCAACCCCCGCCGCAUCACCGACGGCUGGGGCAUCCCCUCCCCGAUCGACUCCGUCUUCUCCAGGUGCAACUGCGAUGGGAAAACCUUCUUCAUCAAGGGCCCCCUGUACUGGCGUUUCACUAAUGGAGUUAUGGAUCCAGGCUAUCCCAAACCUCUUGCCAAUGGAUUUGCAGGGCUAAGUGGGAGAAUAGUAGCAACCUUACCUGUGGCAAGAUUCAACAACAGACCAGAAUCUGUUUAUUUUAUCAAGAGAGACGGGAACAUGCAGCAGUACGUGUACAGACAAGAACCAGCCAAGAAGUGUCAGAGAAGAGCACGGAUUACCAUCAGGUACCCAGCUUUUGUGCCAAGAGUUGUCAUCCGGAGGCGCUUCCAACGUGCCGUGCGAAUGCCGACCAUCAUCCGGACUGUCAGAGUCAACCCGCACCCAACUGGAGUUCUGCGCAAGGAAAUCCGAAUGCAAACCUACUGGAGAGGCCUCCCCAAAGUUAUCCACUCAACUCUUUCCAUACCCAACCAGAACAAGCCCGAUGGCUACGAUUACUAUGCCUUCUCUUACAAUCGGUACUACAGUUUGGAUAUUGGCAAAAGAAUAGCAAGACCUGUUACUGCUCUCACAGGAAAGACUGUAUCCAAAGACUGGUACAACUGUCCCAGCAAGUGAUGCACACCAGAGGAUUUUAAAAAAGAGAUGCCGUUUGAACAUCACCAUUUUUUCUAAUUUUAUUAAUAAAAGACAAUGAAAUGUGUGCACACAACUCUAAGUAUGAAAUGCUGCUUUAAGCUCUGGCUUCAUUACACUAAAGCAACCACAGGCAAACUGGCACUUUGUAUACACAGCUGGAAUUACUUUACAGAUCGUUUAACUAAUGUUUCCUCUGUUCAGGCCUCCUCUGCCUCCCAUGGCAUGAGUUACACCUGUGUUGGGAAAGAAAACAAAUGCAUUAAAGGAAUGAAAGGAUUUAAUCAGCCAUUGUGACAAUUCAUCCUUCCCUAAGGAACUGCCACGGCAGAGGAGCAGAUCCUUUCUGACUGAGGUCAAGUUCCCCUCUCUCCCCUGAGCCUGGUGACACACAGCUCACCUCUGUCAUGUAAAAGGGGGCUGACUAUCCUGUGCUGGCUGCUGAAAGAACCAGCAGAGCAUUCUUACCACACCUGAAAUCAGCUGUUGUUGUUACUAAAAUUAUGGUGACAGAUGAAAGAAAAUCUAUCCUAGGCCCACCUCCUUACUUUUUUUUUUUCCUUUAAAAUACCAGCUGAACUAUAUUUCAAUGCUAAAAUUGAGUCUUCUACAAUGUUAAAAUAAUGACAAAUAGAAUACAAUUCAUCUAAGGAUUUUCUUAAUAGAGAAGUUGCAAACAAGAACUUAUUGUUGUGGUUGAACUCUAUUUUGCACUACAAAAAAUCCUUAAUACUUCCAGAAACUUUUUUUUAAAUCAGUAUAGGACACAGUGAUGUCAAAACUGGAACUCUUAAAGUGCCAAACGGGAACUGCUCUGUGACUAAACCCAAAGAUUUCUAGACUUCUGUCUAAAAAACUUGCAAGUGUAAGAUCUAUUGCCCUUUACUUUCUCUCCACUGAUAAGAACCAAGUGCCAGCGAAGAAGAAAGUUUGCCUGUCUACAAACUGCUCAGACACAUUUAAACAAAACUAGGGCUUUUAGGGUCACAUACCAGAACCUAGGGCAGGGCAUCCUUCCACGUCUAGAACAAACACAGCCUAUAAAGUACUCCCCAGAGUGUCCCCACAGGAAGAAAGUCCUACCAAGCCGUGGCUGGAGCCCCCCGAGGCACUUACCCCGCUGCCUGUUGAACUGGCGCCCGCGCACCCCCGUGCGCAGCGUCGGGGGCUGCAGCCGCACCCGGCGCAGGGACUUGGGCUGGUUGCUGCUCGUGUCUGUGGAGAGGGGGGAACGCAGAAAGGAAGUCUGUGCCUGGCAGGUUCUCAAUGCUUAUGUGAUUUGAUAGGAGCUAUGCUCUCUAAUUUACUUUAGAAUUAUGAAGGCGCCUCAUUAUUUCAUUGACAUGUCCUCCGAUAUAAAUAAAAGCCUGAAGACAAAUAA